UUCUCUCUCCGUGACUCUCACUGGCUAUCGCGGUGCGAUAACAACCCAGCCAGAAUGCGGCACUCUCAGCUGUGGGUAUCUUCACUACUGCUCUUGCUGCUAGCAAAAUCUCAGCAUGCAUUGAGGACCCCUGAGAAAAAUGAUUACUCAGUCCUCCAAACUUCUGUGUUUCUCUCCCCUCCUUUUUUUCUACGACCAGGUUCAGUGGCGAACGAGUUUCUUUUCAAUAUCCCUUUUCCAAGAGGCCACAUUGCCCUCAAAAGUUUUGAUGCAGAAGUCGUAGACGAAAAUGGAGUCCCAGUCCCUCUUCAUGAGACCUAUCUUCAUCAUUGGGUUAUAGAGAGAUACUACGGGGAGAAGGCAACUCAAUCUGACCAUGACCUUUCGAAAAUUAUUCUGGCAAGAAAUUCCGGGGUUUGCGAGGAAACCCUCGGCCAGUACUUUGGACUCGGCUCGGAAACACGAAAAACUUCAACUUGGGUCCCUGAACCUUUUGGUAUAGAAGUUGGGGACCCGAAGAAGAUUCCUAGUGGGUAUGAGGAGAGAUGGUUGUUGAAUAUUCAUGCUAUAGAUACGAGAGGGGUGAAGGAUCGUUCAGGGUGCACCGAGUGCAAGUGUAGUCUUUACAACGUGACUGUUGAUGAAUUCGGGCAUCCUUUGAGGAAAGAUUAUAUUGGAGGGCUCCUUUGCUGCUAUGAUAAGACUCGAUGCCAAUUAAGGGACGGGUUUAACGGUGCCGAGGCCAGGAAACUAUACCUGAGGUAUACUGUGAAGUGGGCACGGUGGGAUGAGAGCAUAGUGCCUGUCAAGAUUUACAUAUUCGAUGUCACUGAUACAGGGAAGGUAUCGGAAGGCCAACCUUCUAGUUGCAAGGUGGAGUACCGAGUUGAUUCAUGUGCUCCAGAAGUGGUACAGGAUGGAGAAUGUCUUGAUACCAGGAAGACAAGUGUGGUCAUUCCUCGUGGAGGCGAUAUUGUCUAUGGAGUUGCCCACCAGCACUCAGGUGGACUGGGUUCUGCCCUCUAUGGCCAGGAUGGAAGGGACUUAUGCACUUCAGUCCCAACCUACGGAAACGGAGAGGAAGCAGGGAAUGAGGAUGGGUACAUUGUAGGAAUGUCAACAUGCUAUCCAAAGCCAGGCUCUGUAAAGGUUGCAGAUGGAGAGACUCUGACUCUUGUAUCCAACUAUAGCAGCGCACAAAUGCACACCGGAGUUAUGGGACUAUUCUACAUCCUUGUAGCUGGACCACAAGCGCCUCCAAAGUCCAGAUUGCUCUUCCACGACCUAACUUUAUCAUGGAGGGAGGAUUUAAGAGAAUAUUGGUGGGCAUUUCUUGUAGUUGGCGUGAUUGCUGUGGUCAUCAUCCGCAUGAGCUAUAGCCGAAAAAAUGGUGAAGGAUACCAAUCUCUGUAACCAAUUGAUCCGGCCUUCAAAUAAUGUAACAGAUUGUUGCUCUGUGUUACCUAUGUAUGCAUCAUUAUGUACUCCUUCAUCAUGGUACUUCAUCUUUACAGGACAGGUUUCCUUCA